AUGGCACAAAAGCCAUCCAAAAGUCGAUUUCCAAGCACACCAUUGGAGGCAUCCAGCUUGGUACGAGUCUCAAAGACUGUUGGCAUCAGUAGACGAGCCAUUGAAGACGACGUAGAAUACCUGUUGUAUCAUUUUAUAAGUCACCCAACACAAACCUUUCAUGACUUUGAUCGAUUAUGGCAUGAACUGCACUUUAAUCAUGUUCAUUUCGCUUGCGUCAAGAGAGAGUUUCGUGCCAACUACAUGAAUGCAUUUUACAAGAGCUUUCUUGACUACUUCCCGAGCACAAUUACACCAAUGAAGAGCGGCGUCCUCUUCUCACUGUAUUUCAUGUAUAUCUCACAACCAGCAAUAUGGGGCAAAAAUCGCAUCCGAGUUACCAGAGAUUUAUAUCAUAAUCUCUUCGAAUUUUAUGUGGAGAGCAUUGAUACAGAUACCAAUGUCGAGGCUGCAUUGAUAUUUGAUAAGCUGCGGGAAUCAGAAGCAUUUUUGUUUGUGGAAGAACAAGACCCGGAUGGCUGUUUUACAGAGGAAAAAAUUGAAUUCAGAAAGGCCAUAGAAAUGAAUCAAAGGCUGGAGGAUUUCAAAAAGACCAAAAUGAACAGUGAUCCAAUCAAAUUAUGCUCAAAUGAUUUGCUCAAUGAGUACAAGCAAUUGGCUUUGGAGUAUCAGCAGGCAAAGAGAGAGACGUUCUAUACACCCCAAGCAACAUCAGCCAUGAAACAGACAUUGAAGGAAACAGCAAAUAUUGUUGAAACAAGGCCACGAUUGCUGCGAAACUUCUUAUUAAACAGCACACUUGGUCAAGAUGAGACAGACAUUGUACAGCAGGUGAAGCGAACAGGCCAGCAGUUGUUGAACUCGAAGCGACGAAAAAUAGCAAAAGAAGCAACUUUAGCACAUCUGCAAAUGGACAUGAUGAACAGGCAUGCUCCUUGA